UCCCAUUCUUUUCAUUCUAUCAAUUUUCUUUUACUUGUAUGAAUUGUUCUUUCAUUUGAUUUUCCAAUACAAUGCACACAUUUGAAACCCCAAACAAUGAAACAAAUUCAAACUCCUCUUUUCCAAUGGAUACUCUCAUACACCCUCCACUUCCACCCAUAAUCCCUUUUGUUCCACAGUUAACAACAAUAAUUUGGUCAUAAGCUGGAUUCCCGCUACUCCUCUCCGUAAGAUGGUAGCACUGGCUUCCAUCGCAGCCGGCAUCCAAUUUGGAUGGACACUGCAGCUCUCCCUGCUCACACCCUAUGUGCAGCUUCUGGGAGUUCCACAUCAAUGGGCCGCUAACGUAUGGCUUUGGAAGCCAUGUUUUCGCAUGGAGCCACUCGUCGGCUAUUACAGUGACCGUGCCCAUUCAUCUUCUUUGGCAUCAUUGCAGUGGCAAUUACUUUUGCGGUUAAUUUCAGUUUCCCGUUUGCUUUGGCAUCAAUUUACUCCAACGCAACAGAGGCCAGACAAGGUUAAUUUAAAUGUCUCAUCUUAAUUUCAAGGUUUAUUAUUUGGCACUUAUAUAUAUAUACACACAUUGCAGAUUAUAGUAUCUUCAUUGAGUGGACAAUGGGAUAAGUUGUUUGGUGGCAAACUGUCCUUUUUUGGCCACUCUGACACCGGACGAUAUGGGCCAUAUGGCCAAUGCAUCGAGGAAUGGAAGUGGUUUCCAUUGAUCGCUGCAAAGCAAAUUAAUUGGUGUCGGAGCUUCUCAUACGUCUGUUUCUUUCUGCUUCUGUAGCAAUUCUAGAAGAGUAUUGGAGUGGAAGAAACAAUAUUUAUGUCUUCAUAUGUUUGUUAUUAGUUUCUGGUGUAGGUUCAUUGGUUUCCUGGUUAAUUUUGACAUUAUCUGCA